AUGACAGCCUCCCGCCUGGACUUCGGGGAGGUGGAAACUUUCCUGGAUAGGCACCCAGAGUUGUUUGAAGAUUACUUGAUGCGGAAGGGGAAACAGGAGAUGGUGGAGAAGUGGCUGCAGAGACACAGCCAGGGUCAGGGGGCUUCAGGUCCAAGGCCUGCUCUGGCUGGCACCAGCGGCUUGGCUCAGGCCGGUUGCACAGCCAGCAGCACAGUUGGUUGUAGUACUGGACCAAAUGGCUCUGCCAACAGCCAGUCUACUCCUGGUGGUGGGGACUGUAGUGGGGUUCCCCUGAAUCCCAGCUGGGCCAGUGGCAACCGGGGCAAUGGGAGCCUACAGCGGAGAGCUUCUCAGAAAGAGCUAAGGAAGAGUUUUGCCCGCUCCAAGGCCAUCCAUGUGAACAGGACCUACGAUGAACAGGUGACCUCUCGGGCCCAGGAGCCCCUGAGCAGUGUGCGGCGGAGGGCACUUCUCCGGAAGGCCAGCUCCCUGCCACCCACCACAGCCCACAUUCUCAGUGCCCUGCUGGAAUCAAGGGUGAAUCUGCCUCAGUAUCCCCCAACGGCCAUCGACUACAAGUGCCACCUCAAAAAGCAUAAUGAGCGUCAGUUCUUCUUGGAACUGGUCAAGGAUAUCUCCAAUGACCUUGACCUCACCAGCCUAAGCUACAAGAUUCUCAUCUUUGUCUGUCUCAUGGUGGACGCUGACCGCUGUUCUCUCUUCCUAGUGGAAGGGGCAGCUGCUGGCAAGAAGAGCUUGGUCUCCAAAUUCUUUGAUGUGCAUGCAGGAACCCCACUGCUCCCCUGCAGCAGCACAGAGAACUCAAAUGAGGUGCAGGUCCCCUGGGGCAAAGGCAUCAUUGGCUAUGUCGGGGAGCAUGGAGAAACGGUCAACAUUCCUGAUGCCUACCAGGAUCGAAGAUUCAAUGAUGAAAUUGACAAGCUAACGGGAUAUAAGACAAAAUCACUAUUGUGCAUGCCCAUCCGAAGCAGUGAUGGUGAGAUUAUUGGUGUGGCCCAGGCUAUAAAUAAGAUUCCUGAAGGUGCUCCAUUUACUGAAGAUGAUGAAAAAGUCAUGCAGAUGUAUCUUCCCUUUUGUGGAAUUGCCAUAUCUAAUGCUCAGCUUUUUGCUGCCUCAAGGAAAGAAUACGAAAGGAGCCGGGCUUUGCUAGAGGUGGUGAAUGACCUCUUUGAAGAACAGACUGAUCUGGAGAAAAUUGUCAAGAAAAUAAUGCACCGGGCCCAAACUUUGUUGAAAUGUGAACGCUGUUCUGUUUUACUCCUAGAGGACAUUGAAUCACCAGUGGUGAAGUUUACCAAAUCCUUUGAAUUGAUGUCCCCAAAGUGCAGCGCUGAUGCUGAGAACAGUUUCAAAGAAAGCAUGGAGAAGUCAUCGUACUCUGACUGGCUAAUAAACAACAGCAUUGCUGAGCUGGUUGCUUCAACAGGCCUUCCUGUGAACAUCAGCGAUGCCUACCAGGAUCCGCGCUUUGAUGCUGAGGCUGACCAGAUAUCUGGUUUUCACAUAAGAUCAGUUCUCUGUGUCCCUAUUUGGAAUAGCAACCACCAAAUAAUUGGGGUGGCUCAAGUGUUGAAUAGACUUGAUGGGAAACCUUUUGAUGAUGCAGAUCAACGGCUUUUUGAGGCUUUUGUUAUCUUUUGUGGCCUUGGCAUCAAUAACACCAUUAUGUAUGAUCAAGUGAAGAAGUCCUGGGCCAAGCAGUCUGUGGCUCUUGAUGUGCUAUCAUACCAUGCAACAUGUUCAAAAGCUGAAGUUGACAAGUUUAAGGCAGCCAACAUCCCUCUGGUGUCAGAACUGGCCAUUGAUGACAUUCAUUUCGAUGACUUUUCCCUCGAUGUUGAUGCCAUGAUCACAGCUGCCCUCCGGAUGUUCAUGGAGCUGGGGAUGGUGCAGAAAUUUAAAAUCGACUAUGAGACAUUGUGCAGGUGGCUUUUGACAGUAAGGAAAAACUAUCGAAUGGUUCUUUACCACAACUGGAGACACGCCUUCAACGUGUGCCAGCUGAUGUUUGCGAUGCUAACAACUGCUGGGUUUCAAGAGAUUCUGACCGAGGUGGAAAUUUUAGCGGUGAUUGUGGGAUGCCUGUGUCAUGACCUGGACCACAGGGGAACCAACAAUGCCUUCCAAGCUAAGAGUGGCUCUGCACUGGCCCAACUCUAUGGAACCUCGGCUACCUUGGAACAUCACCAUUUUAACCACGCCGUGAUGAUCCUUCAGAGUGAGGGUCACAACAUCUUUGCUAAUUUGUCCUCCCAGGAAUAUAGUGACCUUAUGCAGCUUUUGAAGCAGUCAAUAUUAGCAACAGACCUCACGCUGUACUUUGAGAGGAGAACUGAAUUCUUUGAACUUGUCAGUAAAGGAGAAUAUGAUUGGAGCAUCAAAAACCAUCGUGAUAUAUUUCGAUCAAUGUUAAUGACAGCCUGUGACCUUGGAGCCGUGACCAAACCGUGGGAGAUCUCCAGACAGGUGGCUGAACUUGUAACCAGUGAGUUCUUUGAACAAGGAGAUCGGGAGAGAUCAGAACUCAAACUCACUCCUUCAGCUAUUUUUGAUAGGAACCGGAAAGAUGAGCUGCCUCGGUUGCAGUUGGAGUGGAUUGAUAGCAUCUGCAUGCCUUUGUAUCAGGCUUUGGUGAAGGUCAAUGUGAAACUGAAGCCGAUGCUAGAUUCAGUGGCUGCGAACCGAAGUAAGUGGGAAGAGAUGCAUCAAAAAAGACUGUUGGUCUCAGCUGCCUCACCUACCCCUGCUAGCCUCAUGGUGGCUGGAGAGGACCAAAACUAAACCUCUGUCCUCCCAGAGCUGCUGCAAAAUGACUGUAGCCUGAUGAACCAGCUUCAGUUCAGACACAUCAUCCUUUUGUUCCUUUAGCUCAGAUAGACCUAAAGUCUCGGGUGUGUUGGGAAGCAUGCCCAGGCUUUCACCCUGAAGUGUGGUCAGUAGCAGACAGAGUGACAAAGGGACAAAGGAGGAGGUGGGGCAGAGAGCCUGGAUCCUCAACUUUCCCUGAUGAACAACAUGGGCUGAGACAAAGGCUGUGGGCAGAAGGCUGGUUUGGAUCCAGGGACCUGAGGACAGUCUGCACAGAACAGUGACAGUGUCAUAGAGCUGCUUCCUUUUGUAUAUGCUCUUCUGUUGGUUACAAGUCAAACGCCACUGCCUUUGCACCCUCUCGCGGAGUGCCCUAUUGUGUCAGAUUGUCCCAAGAAUCCAGAGUUGUAUUCUACAGAGGUAUUUUAUUUUUAAACACACAGGUUUUUAAUGAUGGACUAGAGCUUUUAGAACAUCCACCUAACAGAUAAAACUGCACUGUCCUUAUAAAUACCACCCAGUUUUCCCCACAAAGGGUCCAUAGUAAGAAUACAGCAGAUGUGUUUCUUGACUGGUGUUUAUACAAGAUCUGUAACUCUACAUUGAGAUCAUGGUCCCUUUUUAGAGUUUUAAAAUUCAGACUUCAUUGUAGACAAGCCUUCUUUGUCACAGGAAGAGUGGAUUAACAGACUUUAAUUAAAGCAAAGAUGAGAGGAAAUUCAUAGCCAAGUUGACCACAAGUGACAUAUGAACAUCUAGAAACUACUUCCAACAGUGAGAGAUAUUUUCAGGACACAAUAGAGUCAAAAGACUGAGCAUUGACUGGCUUGAGUUCUCCCAGUGAUGAGUUUUGGUAUAAAAUUUAAGGUUACUGUAAGUAAACAAUCAAGAAAUAAUGCUUGAAAGUUUAAGAAAACACAUAAUUUGUAGGAAACCAGAUUUAAAAUGGAUAAGAAUAAACUGUAUUCAAUAGAUGCAAUGACUAAAAUGCUGCUGUGCUGUUCAUUGUACCUGAGAUUGAGGACAGGGUAUGUCUUAUUCAAAGAACAUGAUGCUAGAACAACUUCUAAUCAUAACUUUGGCACUGUUGACUGGACAAGUGCUAAACUUUGGACUAGUGGCUAAACUUUUCUGACCUUGCUUCCUAAUUUGUCAAAUGAGAUCACACUAGGAAAUGAUUUUCAGACAUAUCUUAACCUUAGAACUUUGUUCAAAUGAAUCUUCAAGGAAUUCCCAAGAUAUUAGAGACCAAAAAGAUGAAGUCCUCUGUUUGAAGCAAGAGUUUGGGGAUUCAGAGACCUACAAAUCUUCCCUCUUCGAUCACAUACACAGUGGUCCACAAAGAGACUCUAGGGACUUGGAAAAAUCUCAGGUGAAACCUGAGAUUCAUUCCAGCUCUGAAAAAAAUCUAAAAUUCACCAAACAUUUUUGUUCUUACUUUUACUGAUCAAUAUCAGUUAUUAAUAUUAAUAUUCAAAUCUUAAAGAAAUUGGGGCCACGUUCCACGAAGGGACUUGUCUUACUGGCACAGAGGAGUCUUUGGGGAAAUGUUUGAAGGAAUGAGUAAAAUUAAGGGGCAAAAACAGAAGUGAGGGGGACCAGGUAAUCAUAGAUAAGAAGUGAGAUUUUUUGUUAUGGCAAGAAACAAAGCAAAAGAAAAUUAUAAACCAGGCAAUGAGGAGGCGGGAAGGAAGAAGAAGAAAAAAUAAGAAGACCCAUAAAGGAAAGAUAGGAAUGAAGCAGGUAGUUAGGGGAACUGCCAAAGGAAAGGUGAAAGUCAAUCCAAACAAAGAAAAAUGGCACCUCCAACCAAAAAAAUGAGGUUGUAGAAUCCCGUCAUCAAUUGCUUAGGAAAGAGAGACAAUUGAGCAGGGAGGGGUUUGACAAAGGAGAGAAGGAAGGAGUGGGAGCACUAAAAAAUAAUGUUCCUAGCUACGCUUUACAGCUGUCUCUGCAGGGAAGACUGGAGAAACUAGGAGAGAAAAUGAGUGCAGGAAAAAUUGCCUCCGCAGAGCAGGUAAGAGGAGGUUGUUCAGAUUUAUGGAUUUUAUUAAGCCAGUUUUCCGAAUCACUCUGCUAUAAAGGAAAAUAGCUUCUGCAGGGCUGUCUCUCCUCCUUCAGGUGAUGAACAAAGGAUGGGUGGAGUUACGAAUAGACCCUGGUCUGUGAGAUCAUCAUGUGUCUGCAGCUCACAAGCACUGCAGGUGUUUCUGGGUAUUGUGCCACAUCAUGUUAAUAUCACAAAUGGGAAUUGAAAAUCAGUCCAUGUGAGGCAGAGAUGAGUCCACAUCUGUUAUCCUCCCCAACAAUAAAUAAAUAAAUAGUGUCCCAGGCAAAGGGAUGCCAGUCCAUCUAGAGCAAAAUUUUAAAGCACAAACCCAGGGUCUGUCAGAGAUUGCAGGCAGCUACAAGCACUGUAGCUACCCUGAACAUUGAUGCUGCAUAUUGCUAAGGGGAACUUAAUUUAUAGCACAAACCCUACGGUUUCCACUAAGGUUGAGUUUUCCUCUCAUUUUCUUGCCUUUUUAUUGGCUUCACUGCACGGUUGCCAAUAGCAACAUCCACUGGUAGCAAGGGGAGUUCAACACCAUUGCAAUCUGCCAUACAGUGGAGCCCUGACAAUGUCAACCAUCAAUCAAGUAGCUGUUUGUAAUUGCCUCCAUCUAUUUCUCCUGUCUCGGGGUAUCUUUCCUAUUGUGGGUCAAGAUUCAGAAACUGCUGACUAAUGCCACAAAUCUGAUCCUCCACAGCCAGGAAAGAGUGUAAAGGACAGUGGCAACCCUUCUGGUAUCUACAACCCUGGAAGUUAAAGGUUGAACUUCUGGUAAUUUUAGGUAUUUUUAAUCCUUCUGUAAAAUAAUUUCUAAUUUCCCAAGAAUGUGAGAUGUGUAUGGUUACCCAUAUAUUCUGCUUUUUCCAAAACAGAAGAAGGAAAAUUGUCCUAGUCCUUAUUGUUAAUGUUUACUUCCUAUUGGAGAAGGGCAUUUGAAAUGCAAGCCUUCUUGUAAAACCUCAAACUGACCAGAUUAUGUUUGCUUUGUUGAGUCUUUUAGCACUGAUGGCUGAAAAUGACUUCAUCCUACUUUUUCUGAGAUAUGUUUUUUUUCAGAUGUUAUCUAUUCAUAUUAGUCAGUAUGUAGAUUAUACAUGUACAACCUACAAGGCAGCCUAUCCUGAUAGGUAAGGGCAACUUGGCAUUCUAUGAAGGGUGCCAUCUAGUGCACAGGAGACCAGAACUCUAUGCUAGCUUGCCACUGACUAGACCUGUCAUCUUGGGACUUACCAGUCUCAGGUUUUCCAUUUGUUAAAUAAAACCACUAACUUUUAUUCAGUUUCCACACCAAAGGACCAAGCUGUGUUUUGCUUUUUAAAAUUGUUCCAGAUAAUUUUCUUGUUUAUUCUUCUCAAAUAAAACAGACACAAACCCAAAGAGAUCAUCUUCUCACAAAAUAAAGUUACAUAUGUGGAGUAGAAAUAUAAAAUAAUUUUAUUACAGAUGGUCUCAGCCUGCCUCUAUUGAUCAUGAAAUAUAUGGUCAUCAAUACAUUUUUUAAAAAACACAUAUUCUUUUAUGUCAUAAAGAACAAUUGUAGAUUUUCUCAUAUCAUAGGUGUCUUACAAAGUGUCAUUCGUUUAGAAAUAAAUUUACAAAGGGAGUCAAGAAAAGUUAAAAUUGAAUGUGUGUUUUCUGUUUUUAAAAUCUGAGAUUCCUAUACAUUUCCAGGCAUUUUAUAUUUGAAAAUAUGUUGGGUUAAAAAUAAUCUUUAAAUUUCUUUAUAUCAGUAUAAUAUUAUAUUACAUUAAUGCUACUAGAAUUCAGUUGUUUUCUGUGUAUCAAAAUUUUAUCAUAUUUUACCCACUUGCAGUAGGUCAUUAAGCACAGUUGCUUAAUUUACCUUAAGGUAUGAUUAUUUGAAAAUCCAUUUCUCCUGCUGACUCUUAUGAACUGCAGAAAGACAAACAAAACAACCAAAAAAAAUAGUAUCAUCCCUGGUAAUGGUAUGAAACAAUUUCCAUCACAUGGGACAGUAAUCUAUUUAAGAAAGAUUUAAAUAGAAAGAAAAACGCUUUGACUGGAGAAAAAGACAAAAAGGAUACAUUAAGGCAACAAAACAAAACCUAAUUUGGGACUCUAAAAACUCUGGGCAAUUCUACCACAGUGAAGUUACAUUAUCUGCUUUAGAAUAACAUAAUGAAAUUUUUCUUCUGACAUUUGCUGCAAAGAAUGCCCUAAAUUCAAAUAUACCAGAAUUUUAAAGGUUCAGUCUAGCUACAAGAAGGCCAAAAUUUCAUAAACUUGCUAAGUGAACAAUAAUAGAAUAAAACACAUAAAUGACAGAAAUAAAACGAGGUAGAACUAGAGAAUUUCAUGAUGAGCAUUUAGAUUUAGCAAUGCCCAAAAUUGUGCUUGUAUUAUCUGUGCCACUAUCUUCCCCUCAGUAAUUUUGGGUUGUACAUCUUUUUAAAUUUAUUUUGAAUGUACUUGCAUGUUUGCUACAUUUCUCAGCAGUGCUAAAAGUAAAUUACUUAACUGCGUAGCAUAACUACACCAAUGUCAUUGAAUGUAUACACUGGUACAGAAAUAUGUUUGUUUUAUUAAGUAAGUAAGUAUUUGCUGUGAAAAAUGUGUUCUUUGAGACCAUCAUUUAUCUCUGUGUUCAUUUUCUCUAUGAGUAUGUUAGAAUCUUAAUUUUUCUUUUGCUUUAGUUUAUAUUUAGGUUAAGUUAUAUUUAGUUGGAUUUUUAAAAAAAAGCAGCAUAGCGUGGAAAUAGGAGGCUAGGUUUUGUUGAGUCUCAUUUCCUUGGGGGGAUAUUGCUUUUCCCAUUUUAUUUUGAUGUGAAAUGAUCUAAAAAAGAUCCCCUUUUGACUGCUUCCUAAUUGUUACUGUUUUACACAAAGAAGGAAAGUAUGUCUUCAACUGAGUGGUUUAUAGACAUUCCUUUGUGUAGAUUUCCCAGGCUGGUGUUUCAUUGUAAGAAUACUACAUUAUAGAAUGCUUGUCCAUUUCACAAGCGACUAAUCCAUGAUUUUGAAAGUCUGCU